CUCCAACUUCGCCAGAAGAAGAAGACCAGCCUUACACCGGCGGGGUUAAUAGUGUCCACCUAUUAUUGCAUUCAGUGUCUGUAUAUAAAAGGGGGGUGGGGGGGGGCUCCGGAUUUCAAUCGACUGGCUUUGUUGCUGUCUAUCCGUCUUCUCUCCUGCUCCGACGGUACCUCUGCAUAAGUGUUGAUCUGUCGAGAAUCAUACUUCCAUCCUUCGAGUUGGCUGCUUGGUUGAAAGUACCCGAGUACAAGGAGUUGAGAAGAAUAACCACUACAACAAAAAGAAAACAAAAAAACACAACCAUCUGGCGACAAUGACGAGACCUCUCGAGGGCAAGCUCGGCAUCGUAACAGGCGCCUCCCGAGGCAUCGGCGCCGCCAUCGCCGAGAACCUCGCCUCGAAGGGCUGCAACCUCGUCAUCAACUACACAUCGUCCUCCUCCGCCGACCUCGCCGCCUCCGUGGCCGAGCAGCUGAGCAAGACGUACGGCGUGCGGGCGGUCCCCGUCCGAGCCGACGUGGGCACGCCGGCGGGGGCGGCGGCGCUCAUCGCGGGCGCGCAGCAGCACUUCCCGCCGCCCUCGGAAGGGGCCCGGUUCCAGAUCGACAUCAUCGUCAACAACGCCGGCAUCGCGCGCAACGCGCUCCUCCCGCAGGUGACGGUGGAGGACUUCGAGGAGACGUACCGGGUCAACGUGCUGGGCCCGCUGCUGGUGGUGCAGGCGGCGCAGCCGCACCUGCCGCGGGACCGGUCCGGGCGCAUCGUCAACCUCUCGUCCGUCUCGUCCUCGACCGGCUUCGUCACCCAGUCCGUCUACGGCGGCACCAAGGCCGCCCUCGAGGCCAUGACGCGCACCUGGGCCCGCGAGCUGGCCGAGAACGCGACCGUCAACGCGGUCAACCCGGGCCCCGUCGAGGGCCCCAUGUACGCCGCCAACACGCCCGAGUUCCUCGACGGCAUCCGCGGCUGGAUCCUGCACACCCCCCUCAUGAAGGCCCGCGAGGGCGUCGACCCGGACGACGUCGUCCGCGACGCAAACGAGACCGGCGGCCGCCCGGCCUACACCAAGGAGGUCGCCGGCAUCGUGGGCAUGCUGUGCGGCGAGGACGCCGGCUGGUGUACGGGGCAGGUGGUGUGCGCCAAUGGCGGGAUGCUGAUGCACUAGUUUUUGGGUUUUUGUUUUGUUUUUUGCUUCUCUUGAUGAGCUUGUUUGUUGGCUGUGUUUAGAGGGACCUAGAGCCUAGGCUGUUUAUGAUAUUAGAGUUCCGAGUCCAACUCCCUAAGCAGGCACAUCGACGGGGUCUAGGGCUCAUUCAUCAUUAUUAAUUAAUCCCGCUUCUUUAUAUUUUGUUUCUCCGUCUUUUUGUUCUUUCCGCCCUUGCUGUGGUGCUCGUAUCCGUACUAUCUUGCAG